GGCCACUCGGAGCAGCUCUGCCGCGGGGACUGCACUGUCCGCCCUGCCAGACCCGUCCCGACUGGGACUCGCUGUCGCCAGCAGUCACAGCACUACGACCUCGGGCCCUUCGCCGGCAAUGGCUGCGUCCUGGGGCUGAGCCCACAGGUUGUGUGACCGAGAUUCCCAAAAAGAGAGAGACUGAUACAGAAAGAGAAGAAGGAGGGGCGGGUUCCUGGCAAGGCGUUUGGUCCUGAGCAGAGUCCUGCAAAGAUGGAGAAGGAGGAAGAGACAACCCGGGAGCUGCUGCUGCCCAACUGGCAGGGCAGUGGCUCCCAUGGGCUGACCAUUGCCCAGAGGGAUGAUGGAGUCUUUGUACAGGAGGUGAUGCAGAACUCCCCUGCGGCCCGCACUGGGGUGGUCAAAGAGGGGGACCAGAUUGUGGGUGCCACCAUCUACUUUGACAACCUGCAGUCUGGUGAGGUGACCCAGUUGCUGAAUACCAUGGGGCAUCACACUGUUGGCUUAAAGUUGCACCGUAAAGGGGACCGAUCCCCCGAACCUGGACAGACUUGGGCCCAUGAAGUCUUCAGUUCCCGUAGCUCUGAGGUGGUUCUGAGCGGGGAUGAUGAGGACUACCAGCGCAUCUACACCACAAAGAUCAAGCCACGCCUGAGGUCAGAGGAUGGAGUAGAAGGGGACCUUGGGGAGACCCAGAGCCGUACCAUCACAGUGACCAGAAGGGUCACAGCCUACACUGUGGAUGUGACCGGUCGGGAAGGAGUGAAGGACAUUGACAUCAGCAGCCCUGAAUUCAUGAUCAAGAUACCGAGGCACGAAGUGACUGAAAUUUCCAACACAGAUGUGGAAACCCAGCCUGGGAAAACAGUGAUCCGACUGCCGUCGGGAUCCGGGGCAGCCUCUCCAACCACGGGCUCUGCUGUGGAUAUCCGGGCAGGUGCCAUUUCUGCCUCAGGACCAGAGCUUGAAGGUGCCAGUCACUCAAAAUUCCAGGUCACUGUGCCUGGGACAAAGGUGGGAAGCCUAGAUGUCAAUGUCAAAGCAAAAGGCUUGGACUUGGGUGGCAAAGGAGGGAUCCAAGUUCCAGGAGUGGACGUUUCGUCUUCUCUUGGGGGUGGCUCAGUAGAGGGACAGGGCCCAUCCCUCCAGAGUGGUGAUAUCGGGAAAGUUAAAAUUCCUACCAUGAAGAUGCCAAAAUUUGGUGUCUCAGCAGGCCUGGAGGGCCAGAUACCAGAGGGAGGGCUGAAUGUUUCUGCACCUGAAUUCUCUGUGGGACACAAGGGUGAUAAGCCAGGCUUGGCUAUUGGGGGAAACAUCCAGGCUCCUCAUCUGGAAGUAAGUACCUCCUCUGUCAAUAUUGAGGGGCUUGAGGGGAAGCUGAAGGGUCCCCAGAUCACUGGGCCAUCACUCAAGGGUGACUUAGGCCUGAAAGGUACCAAGCUGCAAGGGAACAUAGGAAUGGAUGAUGCCUGUGCUUCCAAAAUUGAGGGCAGCAUCACUGGUCCCUGUGUGGAAAUUGGAACCCCUGAUGUUGAUGUUCAUGGGCUAGGGGGAAAACUGAAUGUGCCUAAGUUCUCUGCAUCAGGUUCAAAGGGAGAGGGAGUUGGCAUUGAUGUGGCACUGCCCACAGGCAAAGUGACCCUUCCUGGGGUCUCUGGGGAUGUCAAUCUGCCUGAGAUUGCUACUGGUGGGCUUGAAGGGAAGAUGAAGGGUGCUAAAGUCAAGACUCCUGAAAUGAUUGUCCAGAAACCUAAAAUCUCCAUGCAGGAUGUGGAUCUGAGCCUUGGGUCCUGUAAACUGAAAGGAAAUAUGAAGGUAUCUGCUCCUGAGGUGAAAGGUGGCGUUAAAGGCCCUCAGGUGGCAGUUAAAGGCUUCGGAGUGGACACUGAGACACCAAACUUAGAGGGGACCUUAACGGGACCCAAGCUCAGCAGCCCUUCUGGAAAAAUAGGGACCUGUAGGAUUUCUAUGGCAGAUGUAGACUUAAAUGUAGCUGCACCUAAAGGGAAAGGGGGUAUAGAUGUCACUCUCCCCAAAGUAGAAGGAAAAGUCAAAGGUCCUGAAGUUGAUGUCAAAGGCCCCAAAACAGACAUCAGUGCCCCAGGUGUGGAAGUUCAUGGUCCAGAAUGGAACUUGAAGAUGCCCAAGUUCAGCAUCCCAGGAGUCAAAGGAGAAGGUGCAGACGUAAAUGUUCCUUUGGCCAAAGGAGAUAUCAGUCUUUCAGGGCCUAAGGUCAAUGUAGAAGCUCCAGAUGUCAAUGUGGAAGGUCUGGGUGGCAAACUUAAAGGCCCUGACAUUAAUCUUCCUGAAGGAAGUGUCAAGACUCCAAAGAUUUCUAUGCCUGAUGUGGAUCUGCACAUCAAAGGGCCAAAGGUGAAGGGAGAGUAUGAUGUAACAACACCAAAGCUUGAGGGGGAACUGAAAGGCCCUAAAGUGGACACUGACAUCCCACAAGUGGAUGUGCAUGGCCCAAACCUGAAGAUUCCCAAGAUGAAGAUGCCCAAAUUCAGUGUGCCAGGGUUCAAAGCAGAGGGCCCAGAAGUGGAUGUGAACUUGCCCAAGGUAGACAUCGACAUUUCUGGGACUAAGGUGGAGGUCAGUGCUCCAGAUGUAAGCAUUGAAGGACCAGAAGGGAAGUUGAAAGGGCAUAAGUUUAAAAUGCCUGAAAUGAAUAUUAGAGCUCCAAAGAUCUCCAUGCCAGAUGUGGACUUACACUUAAAAGGCCCCAAUGUAAAGGGAGAAUAUGAUGUCACAGUGCCAAGGGCAGAAGGUGAGAUUAAAGUUCCUGAUGUUGAACUUAAAAGUGCUAAAGUAGACAUUGAUGUUCCAAAUGUGGAUGCUCAAGGUCCUGAAUUGCAUAUGAAGAUGCCCACGAUAAAAAUGCCCAAGUUUGGCAUGCCAGGCUUCAAGGCAGAGAGCCCAGAAGUGGAGAUGAAUCUCCCUAAGGCUGACAUUGAUGUCUCAGGACCCAAGGUGGAUGUUAAAGUUCCAGAUGUGAACACUGAAGGACUGGAAGGAAAACUGAAGGGUCCUAAGCUGAAGAUGCCUGAGAUGAAUAUCAAGGCCCCAAAGAUCUCCAUGCCUGACGUGGAUUUGCAUAUGAAAGGUCCCAAGGUAAAAGGAGAGUAUGAUGUCACAAUGCCAAAGCUGGAAGGAGACUUGAAAGGCCCCAAAGUAGAUGUCAGUGCUCCAGAUGUUGAUGUUCAUGGUCCUGAUUGGAACAUGAAAAUGCCAAAGAUUAAAAUGCCCAAAUUUACCAUGCCUAGUCUCAAAGGAGAAGGCCCAGAGUUGGAUGUGAGCAUGCCCAAAGCUGAUGUGGACAUUUCUGUACCAAAGCUAGAUAUUAGUGCUCCAGACUUGAACCUUGAGGGACCAGAAGGGAAGUUGAAAGGCCCCAAAUUUAAGAUGCCUGAGAUGCACUUCAAGGCUCCAAAGAUGUCCCUACCAGAUGUGGACCUGGAUCUCAAAGGACCCAAAAUGAAAGGAAAUGUAGACAUGUCCGCACCAAAAAUAGAGGGAGAGAUGAAAGUUCCAGAUGUGGACAUUAAAGGUCCAAAUGUGGAUGUUCAGAGCCCAGACUGGAGCCUGAAGAUGCCAAAGAUGAAGAUGCCCAAGUUCAGUAUGCCUACUCUCAAAGGUGAGGGCCCGGAUGUGGAUGUGAGCCUGCCUAAGGCUACUAUUGAUGUCUCAGGACCUAAACUUGACAUUGAAACCUCAGAUGUUAGCUUUGAGGGCCCAGAAGGAAAGCUGAAGGGCCCCAAGUUUAAGAUGCCUGAUAUGCAUUUCAAGGCCCCAAAGAUUUCCAUGCCUGAUGUGGACUUAAACAUGAAAGGCCCCAAAGUCAAGGGGGACAUGGAUGUGGCAGUGCCUGAAAUAGAAGGUAAAAUGAAAGUGCCAGAUGUGGACAUCAAAGGCCCCAAAGUGGAUGUUGAUGCUCCAGAUGUGGAUGUGCAGGGCCCAGACUGGCACCUGAAGAUGCCCAAGGUGAAGAUGCCCAAGUUCAGUAUGCCUGGCUUCAAAGCAGAGGGCCCAGAGGUGGAUGUGAGCCUGUCCAAGGCUGACCUUGAUGUGUCAGGGCCCAAGGUGGACAUUGAUGUUCCAGAUGUGAAUAUUGAAGGUCCAGAUGCAAAACUGAAGGGCCCCAAGUUCAAGAUGCCUGAGAUGAACAUCAAGGCCCCCAAGAUCUCCAUGCCUGACUUUGAUCUGAAUCUGAAAGGCCCCAAAGUGAAGGGUGAUAUGGACGUGUCUCUUCCCAAAGUGGAAGGUGAGAUUAAAGUUCCUGAAGUUGACAUCAAAGGCCCCAAAGUGGACAUUGAUGUUCCAGAUGUGGAUGUGCAGGGCCCAGACUGGCACCUGAAGAUGCCCAAGAUGAAGAUGCCCAAGUUCAGUAUGCCUGGCUUCAAAGCAGAGGGCCCUGAGGUGGAUGUGAGUCUGCCCAAGGCUGACCUUGAUGUGUCAGGACCCAAGGUGGACAUUGAUGUUCCAGAUGUGAACAUUGAGGGGCCAGAAGGAAAACUGAAGGGCCCCAAGUUUAAGAUGCCUGAGAUGCACUUCAAGGCCCCCAAGAUUUCCAUGCCUAACAUUGACUUAAACCUGAAAGGCCCCAAAGUCAAGGGGGACAUGGAUGUGGCAGUGCCUGAAAUAGAAGGUGAAAUGAAAGUGCCAGAUGUGGACAUCAAAGGUCCCAAAGUGGACAUCAAUGCUCCAGAUGUGGAUGUGCAGGGCCCGGACUGGCACCUGAAGAUGCCCAAGAUCAAAAUGCCCAAGUUCAGUAUGCCUGGCUUCAAAGCAGAGGGCCCUGAGGUGGAUGUGAGCCUGCCCAAGGCUGACCUUGAUGUGUCAGGACCCAAGGUGGACAUUGAUGUUCCAGAUGUGAAUAUUGAAGGUCCAGAUGCAAAACUAAAAGGUCCAAAAUUUAAGAUGCCAGAAAUGAACAUAAAGCCUCAGAAGAUAUCCAUGCCAGAUGUUAGCUUGAAUUUGAAAGGCCCUAAGGCAAAAGCAGAAUAUGAUGUCUCAGUUCCUAAAGUGGGAGGAGAAAUAAAAGCUCCUGCUGUUGACCUCAAAGGCCCCAAAGUAGAGGCACCAGAUGUGGAAGUUCAUGGCCCAGAUUGGCACCUGAAGAUGCCCAAGGUAAAAAUGCCCAAGUUCAGCAUGCCUGGCUUCAAAGCAGAGGGCCCAGAAGUAGAUGUGAACCUUCAAAAGGCCAAUAUUGAUGUCUCAGGGCCCAAAAUGGACAUUGAUGUUCCAGAUGUGAAUAUUGAGGGUCCAGAAGGGAAACUAAAGGGUCCCAAGUUCAAGAUGCCAAGCAUGAGUAUACAGACACACAAAAUCUCUAUGCCUGAUGUUGGACUGAAUUUGAAAGGACCUAAACUGAAAAGUGGUGUAGAUGUUUCUCUUCCAAAAGUGGAGGGAGAUUUGAAAGGUCCCGAAGUUGAUGUAGAUGUUGGUGAUGUUGAUAUUGAAUGUCCAGAAGGGAAGCUGAAAGGUCCCAAGUUCAAGAUGCCUGACAUGCACUUCAAGGCCCCCAAGAUUUCCAUGCCUGAUGUGGACUUACAUCUGAAAGGCCCCAAAGUCAAGGGGGACAUGGAUGUGGCAGUGCCUGAGAUAGAAGGUGAAAUGAAAGUGCCAGAUGUGGACAUCAAAGGUCCCAAAGUGGACAUCAAUGCCCCAGAUGUGGAUGUGCAGGGCCCAGACUGGCACCUGAAGAUGCCCAAGGUGAAGAUGCCCAAGUUCAGUAUGCCUGGCUUCAAAGCAGAGGGCCCAGAGGUGGAUGUGAGCCUGCCCAAGGCUGACCUUGAUGUGUCAGGACCCAAGGUGGACAUUGAAGUUCCUGAUGUGAACAUUGAGGGACCAGAAGGAAAACUGAAGGGCUCUAAAUUUAAGAUGCCCAAGUUGAAUAUCAAAGCUGCCAAGAUCUCCAUGCCAGAUGUGGACUUGAAUUUGAAAGGGCCCAAACUGAAAGGAGAGAUAGAUGCUUCUGUGCCAGAAAUGGAAGCUGAUCUCAGAGGUCCUCAAAUUGAUGUCAAAGGGCCGAGUGUGGAUGUGGAAGUGCCUGAUGUUGACCUGGAGUGUCCUGAGGCAAAGCUGAAGGGCCCCAAGUUCAAGAUGCCUGACAUGCACUUCAAGGCCCCCAAGAUCUCCAUGCCUGAUGUGGACUUACAUCUGAAAGGCCCCAAAGUCAAGGGGGACAUGGAUGUAACAGUGCCAAAGUUAGAGGGAGAAUUAAAAGGGCCGAGUGUGGAUGUGGAUGUGCCUGAUGUUGACCUGGAGUGUCCUGAGGCAAAGCUGAAGGGCCCCAAGUUCAAGAUGCCUGACAUGCACUUCAAGGCCCCCAAGAUCUCCAUGCCUGAUGUGGACUUACAUCUGAAAGGCCCCAAAGUCAAGGGGGACAUGGACGUAACAGUGCCAAAGUUAGAGGGAGAAUUAAAAGGGCCGAGUGUGGAUGUGGACGUGCCUGAUGUUGACCUGGAGUGUCCUGAGGCAAAGUUGAAAGGCCCCAAGUUCAAGAUGCCUGACAUGCACUUCAAGGCCCCCAAGAUCUCCAUGCCUGAUGUUGAUUUCAACUUAAAGGGUCCUAAAAUCAAAGGAGAUAUUGAUGUUUCAGUUCCAAAACUUGAAGGUGAAUUAAAGGGCCCAGAACUGGAUGUCAAGAGCCCCAAAUUGGAUGCCAAUAUACCAGAAGUAGCUGUGGAAGGCCCAGAAGGUAAAUGGAAAAGCCCCAAGUUCAAGAUGCCAGACAUGCACUUCAAAGCUCCAAAAAUCUCCAUGCCAGACAUUGAUCUUCACUUAAAGAGUCCAAAGAUAAAGGGGGAUGUAGAUGUAGAUGUUCCCAAAUUGGAAGGAGACCUCAAAGGGCCAAACGUUGACAUGAGUGGGCCAGACGUUGAGAUUGAAGGACCAGAAGGCAAAUUGAGAGGCCCAAAGUUCAAGAUGCCUGACAUGAACAUCAAGGCCCCCAAGAUCUCCAUGCCUGACAUUGAUUUACAUCUUAAGGGUCCCAAAGUGAAGGGUGAUGUAGAUGCUUCUCUUCCCAAAGUGGAAGGUGACCUCAAAGGCCCAGAGGUUGACAUCAAAGGCCCCAAAGUGGACAUUGACGUUCCAGAUGUGGAUGUGCAGGGCCCAGACUGGCACCUGAAGAUGCCCAAGGUGAAGAUGCCCAAGUUCAGUAUGCCUGGCUUCAAAGCAGAGGGCCCAGAGGUGGAUGUGAGCCUGCCCAAGGCUGACCUUGAUGUGUCAGGACCCAAGGUGGACAUUGAUGUUCCAGAUGUGAAUAUUGAAGGUCCAGAUGCAAAACUGAAGGGUCCUAAGUUCAAGAUGCCUGAGAUGAACAUCAAGGCCCCCAAGAUCUCCAUGCCGGAUUUGCAUCUUAAGGGGCCCAAAAUAAAGGGUGAUGUAGAUGUUUCUCUUCCCAAAGUGGAAGGUGAGAUUAAAGUUCCUGAAGUUGACAUCAAAGGCCCCAAAGUGGAUGUUGACGUUCCAGAUGUGGAUGUGCAGGGCCCAGACUGGCACCUGAAGAUGCCCAAGAUGAAGAUGCCCAAGUUCAGUAUGCCUGGCUUCAAAGCAGAGGGCCCUGAAGUGGAUGUGAGCCUGCCCAAGGCUGACCUUGAUGUGUCAGGGCAAAAAGUGGACAUUGAUGUUCCAGAUGUGAAUAUUGAAGGUCCAGAUGCAAAACUGAAGGGCCCCAAGUUCAAGAUGCCUGAGAUGAACAUCAAGGCCCCCAAGAUCUCCAUGCCUGACUUUGAUCUGAAUCUGAAAGGCCCCAAAGUGAAGGGUGAUGUGGACGUGUCUCUUCCCAAAGUGGAAGGUGAGAUUAAAGUUCCUGAAGUUGACAUCAAAGGCCCCAAAGUGGACAUUGAUGUUCCAGAUGUGGAUGUGCAGGGCCCAGACUGGCACCUGAAGAUGCCCAAGAUGAAGAUGCCCAAGUUCAGUAUGCCUGGCUUCAAAGCAGAGGGCCCUGAAGUGGAUGUGAGCCUGCCCAAGGCUGACCUUGAUGUGUCAGGACCCAAGGUAGACAUCGAUGUUCCAGAUGUGAAUAUUGAAGGUCCAGAUGCAAAACUGAAGGGCCCCAAGUUCAAGAUGCCUGAGAUGAACAUCAAGACCCCCAAGAUCUCAAUGCCAGAUUUGAAUCUUAAUCUUAAAGGCCCCAAUGUGAAAGGAGAUGUGGAUGUUUCCAUUCCAAAUGUAGAGGGCGAUUUGCAAGGCCCUUCACUUGACAUUAAGAGCCCAAAAUUGGAUGUAAAUGCUCCAGACAUUGACAUUCAUGGUCCUGAGGGCAAAUUAAAAGGUCCCAAACUGAAAAUGCCUGACAUGCAUGUGAACAUGCCCAAGAUCUCCAUGCCGGACAUUGACUUGAAUUUAAAGGGCUCAAAAGUCAAGGGAGAUGUUGAUAUCUCUGGACCCAAACUAGAGGGUGACAUUAAAACUCCAAAAGUGGAUGUGAAGGGCCCAGAAUUGGACAUUUCUGCUUCUAAGGUCAAUAUUGAUGCGAAAGGAAAGAAAUCUCGUUUUAAGCUUCCUAAAUUUAAUUUUUCUGGGUCCAAAGUUCAGACACCUGAAGUGGAUGUCAAACUUAAAAAGCCAGAUGUUGAUGUAACAGCUCCAAAAGUUGAUAUUAACGCUCCAGAAGUUGAAGUCCAAGGCAAAGUGAAAGGACCCAAGUUUAAAAUGCCUUUCCUGAGCAUUUCAUCUCCCAAAGUCUCCAUGCCUGAUGUGGAGCUAAACUUGAAAGGUCCUAAAGUCAAAGGAGAAUUAGAUGCAACAGUCCCAAAUUUAGAAGGAGAUUUCAAAAGUCCCAAAGUGGACAUUAAAGCACCAGAUGUUCAACUUAAUGCCCCAGAUGUGGAUGUUCAUGGUCAAGAAUGGAAUUUGAAAAUGCACAAGAUGAAAAUGCCCAAAUUCAGUGUGUCUGGUGUAAAAGCAGAAGGGCCUGAUGUGGCUGUGGACUUACCAAAAGGAGACAUAAAUAUAGAAGGUCCCAGUAUGAAUAUCGAGGGCCCAGAACUCAAUGUGGAAUGUCCAGAGGGAAGCUUAAAAGGCCCCAAAUUUAAGAUGCCUGAGAUGAAUAUCAAAGCUCCUAAGAUCUCCAUGCCUAACAUUGACUUAAAUCUGAAAGGCCCCAAGGUGAAGGGUGAUGUAGAUGUUUCUCUUCCCAAAGUGGAAGGUGACCUCAAAGGCCCAGAAGUUGACAUCAAAGGCCCCAAAAUGGACAUUGACGUUCCAGAUGUGGAUGUGCAGGGCCCAGACUGGCACCUGAAGAUGCCCAAGGUGAAGAUGCCCAAGUUCAGUAUGCCUGGCUUCAAAGCAGAGGGCCCUGAAGUGGAUGUGAGCCUGUCCAAGGCUGACCUUGAUGUGUCAGGACCCAAGGUAGACAUUGAUGUUCCAGAUGUGAAUAUUGAAGGUCCAGAUGCAAAACUGAAGGGCCCCAAGUUCAAGAUGCCUGAGAUGAACAUCAAGGCCCCUAAGAUCUCCAUGCCUGACAUUGAUUUGCAUCUUAAGGGUCCCAAAAUAAAGGGUGAUGUAGAUGUUUCUCUGCCCAAAGUAGAAGGUGACCUAGAAGGCCCUCACGUUGACAUCAAAGGCCCCAAAGUGGACAUCAAUGCUCCAGAUGUGGAUGUGCAGGGCCCAGACUGGCACCUGAAGAUGCCCAAGAUGAAGAUGCCCAAGUUCAGUAUGCCUGGCUUCAAAGCAGAGGGCCCUGAAGUGGAUGUGAGCCUGCCCAAGGCUGACCUUGACGUGUCAGGACCCAAGGUGGACAUUGAUGUUCCAGAUGUGAAUAUUGAAGGUCCAGAUGCAAAACUGAAGGGCCCCAAGUUCAAGAUGCCUGAGAUGAACAUCAAGGCCCCCAAGAUCUCCAUGCCUAACAUUGACUUAAACCUGAAAGGCCCCAAAGUAAAGGGUGAUGUGGACAUGUCUCUUCCCAAAGUAGAAGGUGAGAUUAAAGUUCCUGAGGUUGACAUCAAAGGCCCUAAAGUGGACAUCAAUGCUCCAGAUGUGGAUGUGCAGGGCCCAGACUGGCACCUGAAGAUGCCCAAGGUGAAGAUGCCCAAGUUCAGUAUGCCUGGCUUCAAAGCAGAGGGCCCAGAGGUGGAUGUGAGCCUGCCCAAGGCUGACCUUGAUGUGUCAGGACCCAAGGUGGACAUUGAUGUUCCAGAUGUGAAUAUUGAAGGUCCAGAUGCAAAACUGAAGGGCCCCAAGUUCAAGAUGCCUGAGAUGAACAUCAAGGCCCCCAAGAUCUCCAUGCCUAACAUUGACUUAAACCUGAAAGGCCCCAAAGUGAAGGGUGAUGUGGACAUGUCUCUUCCCAAAGUAGAAGGUGAGAUUAAAGUUCCUGAGGUUGACAUCAAAGGCCCCAAAGUGGACAUUGAUGUUCCAGAUGUGGAUGUGCAGGGCCCAGACUGGCACCUGAAGAUGCCCAAGGUGAAGAUGCCCAAGUUCAGUAUGCCUGGCUUCAAAGCAGAGGGCCCAGAGGUGGAUGUGAGCCUGCCCAAGGCUGACCUUGAUGUGUCAGGACCCAAGGUGGACAUCGAUGUUCCAGAUGUAAACAUUGAAGGUCCAGAUGCAAAACUGAAGGGCCCCAAGUUCAAGAUGCCUGAGAUGAACAUCAAGGCCCCCAAGAUCUCCAUGCCGGAUUUACAUCUUAAGGGUCCCAAAAUAAAGGGUGAUGUAGAUGUUUCUCUUCCCAAAGUAGAAGGUGAGAUUAAAGUUCCUGAAGUUGACAUCAAAGGCCCCAAAGUAGACAUCAAUGCUCCAGAUGUGGAUGUGCAGGGCCCAGACUGGCACCUGAAGAUGCCCAAGAUGAAGAUGCCCAAGUUCAGUAUGCCUGGCUUCAAAGCAGAGGGCCCAGAGGUGGAUGUGAGCCUGCCCAAGGCUGACCUUGAUGUGUCAGGACCCAAGGUGGACAUUGAUGUUCCAGAUGUGAAUAUUGAAGGUCCAGAUGCAAAACUGAAGGGCCCCAAGUUCAAGAUGCCUGAGAUGAACAUCAAGGCCCCCAAGAUCUCCAUGCCUAACAUUGACUUAAACCUGAAAGGCCCCAAAGUGAAGGGUGAUGUGGACAUGUCUCUUCCCAAAGUAGAAGGUGAGAUUAAAGUUCCUGAGGUUGACAUCAAAGGCCCCAAAGUGGACAUUGAUGUUCCAGAUGUGGAUGUGCAGGGCCCAGACUGGCACCUGAAGAUGCCCAAGGUGAAGAUGCCCAAGUUCAGUAUGCCUGGCUUCAAAGCAGAGGGCCCUGAAGUGGAUGUGAGCCUGCCCAAGGCUGACCUUGAUGUGUCAGGACCCAAGGUGGACAUCGAUGUUCCAGAUGUAAACAUUGAAGGUCCAGAUGCAAAACUGAAGGGCCCCAAGUUCAAGAUGCCUGAGAUGAACAUCAAGGCCCCCAAGAUCUCCAUGCCAGAUUUACAUCUUAAGGGUCCCAAAAUAAAGGGUGAUGUAGAUGUUUCUCUUCCCAAAGUGGAAGGUGAGAUUAAAGUUCCUGAAGUUGACAUCAAAGGCCCCAAAGUGGACAUCAAUGCUCCAGAUGUGGAUGUGCAGGGCCCAGACUGGCACCUGAAGAUGCCCAAGAUGAAGAUGCCCAAGUUCAGUAUGCCUGGCUUCAAAGCAGAGGGCCCAGAGGUGGAUGUGAGCCUGCCCAAGGCUGACCUUGAUGUGUCAGGACCCAAGGUGGACAUUGAUGUUCCAGAUGUGAAUAUUGAAGGUCCAGAUGCAAAACUGAAGGGCCCCAAGUUCAAGAUGCCUGAGAUGAACAUCAAGGCCCCCAAGAUCUCCAUGCCUAACAUUGACUUAAACCUGAAAGGCCCCAAAGUGAAGGGUGAUGUGGACAUGUCUCUUCCCAAAGUAGAAGGUGAGAUUAAAGUUCCUGAAGUUGACAUCAAAGGCCCUAAAGUGGACAUCAAUGCUCCAGAUGUGGAUGUGCAGGGCCCAGACUGGCACCUGAAGAUGCCCAAGGUGAAGAUGCCCAAGUUCAGUAUGCCUGGCUUCAAAGCAGAGGGCCCUGAAGUGGAUGUGAGCCUGCCCAAGGCUGACCUUGAUGUGUCAGGACCCAAGGUGGACAUCGAUGUUCCAGAUGUAAACAUUGAAGGUCCAGAUGCAAAACUGAAGGGCCCCAAGUUCAAGAUGCCUGAGAUGAACAUCAAGGCCCCCAAGAUCUCCAUGCCAGAUUUACAUCUUAAGGGUCCCAAAAUAAAGGGUGAUGUAGAUGUUUCUCUUCCCAAAGUGGAAGGUGAGAUUAAAGUUCCUGAAGUUGACAUCAAAGGCCCCAAAGUGGACAUUGACGUUCCAGAUGUGGAUGUGCAGGGCCCAGACUGGCACCUGAAGAUGCCCAAGAUGAAGAUGCCCAAGUUCAGUAUGCCUGGCUUCAAAGCAGAGGGCCCAGAGGUGGAUGUGAGCCUGCCCAAGGCUGACCUUGAUGUGACAGGACCCAAGGUAGACAUCGAUGUUCCAGAUGUGAAUGUUGGAGGACCAGAUGUGAAAGUGAAGGGCCCCAAGUUCAAGAUGCCUGAGAUGAACAUUAAAGCCCCGAAGAUCUCCAUGCCUGACUUUGAUUUGCAUCUGAAAGGCCCCAAAGUGAAGGGUGAUGUGGAUGCUUCCUUGCCUAAAAUGGAAGGCCCCGGUGUGGAUAUUGACAGUCCUGAUGUCAAUAUUGAAGGUCCAGAAGGCAAAUUAAAAGGACCCAAAUUUAAAAUGCCAGACAUGCAUAUCAAAGCUCCCAAGAUCUCCAUGCCUGACUUUGACUUAAAUCUGAAAGGGUCUAAAGUGAAGGGAGAUGUGGAUCUUUCCCUCCCAAAGGUUGAAGGUGAUCUUAAAGGGCCAGAAAUAGACAUUGAGUGCCCUGAAGGAAAACUCAAAGGCCCCAAGUUUAAGAUGCCAGAUGUUCAUUUCAAAACUCCACAAAUCUCAAUGAGUGACAUUGAUUUGAACAUGAAAGGACCUAAGGUAAAAGGAGACAUGGAUAUUUCUGUUCCUAAACUAGAAGGGGACUUGAAAGGUACCAAAGUGGAUGUCAAAGGCCCUAAAAUGGACAUUGACACUCCUGAUAUUGACAUUCAUGGUCCAGAAGGGAAACUGAAGGGCCCUAAGUUUAAAAUGCCUGAUCUCCACCUCAAGGCACCCAAGAUCUCAAUGCCAGACGUUGACCUGAAUCUGAAAGGACCAAAGGUGAAGGGUGAUGUGGAUAUUUCUCUACCUAAAGUGGAAGGUGACCUCAAAGGCCCAGAGGUUGACAUCAAAGGCCCCAAAGUGGACAUCAAUGCUCCAGAUGUGGAUGUGCAGGGCCCAGACUGGCACCUGAAGAUGCCCAAGGUGAAGAUGCCCAAGUUCAGUAUGCCUGGCUUCAAAGCAGAGGGCCCAGAGGUGGAUGUGAGCCUGCCCAAGGCUGACCUUGAUGUGUCAGGACCCAAGGUGGACAUUGAUGUUCCAGAUGUGAAUAUUGAAGGUCCAGAUGCAAAACUGAAGGGUCCUAAGUUCAAGAUGCCUGAGAUGAACAUCAAGGCCCCCAAGAUCUCCAUGCCUGACAUUGACUUAAACCUGAAAGGCCCCAAAGUGAAGGGUGAUGUGGACAUGUCUCUUCCCAAAGUGGAAGGUGAGAUUAAAGUUCCCGAAGUUGACAUCAAAGGCCCCAAAAUGGACAUUGAUGUUCCAGAUGUAAACAUUGAAGGUCCAGAUGCAAAACUGAAGGGUCCUAAGUUCAAGAUGCCUGAGAUGAACAUCAAGGCCCCCAAGAUCUCCAUGCCGGAUUUACAUCUUAAGGGUCCCAAAGUGAAGGGUGAUGUAGAUGUUUCUCUUCCCAAAGUGGAAGGUGAGAUUAAAGUUCCUGAAGUUGACAUCAAAGGCCCCAAAGUGGAUGUUGACGUUCCAGAUGUGGAUGUACAGGGCCCAGACUGGCACCUGAAGAUGCCCAAGGUGAAGAUGCCCAAGUUCAGUAUGCCUGGCUUCAAAGCAGAGGGCCCAGAGGUGGAUGUGAGCCUGCCCAAGGCUGACCUUGAUGUGUCAGGACCCAAGGUGGACAUUGAUGUUCCAGAUGUGAAUGUCGAUGGUCCAGAUAUGAAAGUGAAAGGUCCCAAAUUCAAGAUGCCUGAGAUUAACAUCAAGGCCCCCAAGAUCUCUAUGCCAGAUGUUGAUCUGGAGUUAAAAGGACCCAAAGUAAAAGGAGCCUUUGAUGGGUCUGUUCCUAAGAUUGAAGGUACUCUCAAAGGACCUGAAAUAGACAUGAAAGGUCCAGGUCUGGAUUUUGAAGGCCCUGAUGCUAAACUUAGUGGUCCUAAUUUGAAGAUGCCAUCACUGGAGGUACCUGUUCCUAAAAUAAGUGGGCCUGAUGCUAAUGUGCACCUCAAGACACCAAAUGUUGGAAUUUCUGGGCCUAAGUUAGGAGGAGGUGAAGUUGACCUCAGGGGGCCUAAAGUUGAUUUAGAAACUCCAAGCUUAGAUGUCCACAUGGAGAGUCCAGAUAUUAAUAUUGAAGGGCCAGAUGUUAAAGUUCCGAAGUUUAAAAAACCCAAGUUUGGAUUUGGUGCAAAAAGCCCCAAAGCUGACAUUAAGACCCCCACAGUUGAUGUGACUGUCCCUGAAGCAGAACUGAGUGUUGAGACUCCUGAGAUAAACAUUGGUGGCAAGGGCAAGAAAAGCAAGUUUAAAAUGCCUAAAAUUCACAUGAGUGGCCCUAAAGUCAAGACCAAGAAACAGGGAUUUGAUUUGAAUGUUCCUGGAGGUGAGAUUGAUGCCAGCCUCAAAGUUCCUGAUGUGGAUGUCAGCGUUGCAGGGCCUGAUGCUGCGCUCAAAGCUGAAGUAAAAUCUCCCAAAGUCAAGAAAACCAUGUUUGGAAAAAUGUACUUUCCGGAUGUAGAGUUUGACAUUAAGUCACCCAAAUUUAAAGCAGAGGCUGCCUUACCCAGCCCCAAGCUCGAGGGUGAAAUCAAGGUACCAGAUGUGGAUAUUUCUUCACCCGGGGUGAAUGUGGAAGCUCCUGAUAUUCACGUGAAAGCUCCCAAGUUCAAGGUGCCAGGCGUGGAAGCCGCAGGGCCAAAAAUAGAGGGCAACUUGAAAGGUCCCAAGGUGCAGGCAAACCUGGACACACCAGACAUCAAUAUCCAAGGUCCGGAAGCUAAAAUCAAAACCCCCUCUUUUAGUGUGUCGGCUCCUCAAGUCUCCAUACCCGAUGUGAAUGUUAAAUUGAAAGGACCAAACAUAAAGGGUGAUGUUCCCAGUGUGGGACUGGAAGGACCUGACGUAGAUCUGCAGGGUCCAGAAGGAAAAAUCAAGUUCCCCAAGUUUUCAUUGCCCAAGAUCAGUGCCCCUGGUGUGAAAAUGGGAGGUGGGAGCACUGAGAUCCAUGCUCAGAUGCCCUCUCUUGAAGCAGGGUUGAGCACAUCAGAUAUUAAGUUUGAAGGGCCUGGUGUGUCUCUAAAAGGCCCAGGAGUGGACUUGCCUUCGGUGGACCUCUCUCUGCCAAAAGUAUCUGGGCCUGAUCUUGACCUGAACUUGAAAGGACCAAGUCUGAAGGGAGACGUGGCUGCCUCCAGUCCCAGCAUGAAGUUGCAUGCCCCAGGUCUUGACAUGAAAGGUGUUGCUGGAAAAGUACAGAUAGGAGCAGAUGGUGUGAAAGUGUCGGGGACUGAUGCCACAGCAGCACUUAGUGUGGGGGCACCAGAUGUGACACUGAAGGGAUCAAGUCUCCAGGGAGAUCUGGCUGUGUCUGGAGACAUCAAGUGUCCUAAAGUAUCUGUGGGUACUCCAGAGGUUAGCGUGGAGGCCCUAGAAGGUGGUGUCAAACUUCCCCAAAUGAAGCUGCCUCAGUUUGGUAUCUCCACUCCGGGCUCUGACUUGGACAUUAACAUCAAGGGGCCACAAGUUUGUGGAGAACUACAGGGGUCAGGGACGGAUGUGAACCUGAAAGGACCUCAGAUCUCAGCACCAGGCAUGGACUUUAACUUGGAAGGACCAAAAGUGAGGGGGAGCCUUGGAGCCACUGGUGAAUUGAAAGGCCCAUCGAUUGGGGGAGGUCUUCCAGGCAUCAGCAUUCAAGGCCCAGAAGGAAACCUCCAAAUGCCUGGAAUUAAGGCUUCCGGAUGUGAUGUGAAAGUCUCAUCAGGGCAGAUUUCUGGUCCUGAAAUUAAAGGAGAUCUGAAAGGUUCAGGAAUAGGUCUUCAUGGAGCGGUUCCUGACCUAAGUGUCAAAGGGCCUUCCUUUAAUAUGGCAUCUCCUGAGUCAGAUUUUGGUGUCAGCUUGAAGGGUCCCAAAGUCAAAGGAGGUGUGGAUGUUUCAGGGGGUGUCAGUGUCCCAGAUAUCAACCUGGGUGAAGGGCAUAUGAAUGUCAAAGGCUUUGGAGGUGAGUGGAAGGGACCCCAAGUCUCUUCUUCUGUAAACUUGGAUACAACUAAACUUGUUGGGAACCUUCAUUUCUCAGGACCAAAGAUAGAAGGAGAUGUGAAAGGGGGCCAGAUUGGACUCCAGGGUCCCGGGCUGAGUGUGUCUGGGCCUCAAGGUCACUUGGAAAGUGGAUCUGGAAAAGUAACAUUCCCCAAGAUGAAGAUCCCUAAAUUUACCUUCUCUGGCCGUGAGCUCACUGGUAGAGAAGUAGGGGUGGAUGUCAACUUCCCUAAUGUGGAGGCCAAUGUGCAGGCUGGUGCUGGAGAAGGCGAGUUGGAAGAGUCUGCAGUCAAACUUAAGAAAUCCAAAAUCAAAAUGCCCAAGUUUACCUUUUCUAAACCUAAAGGGAAAGGUGGUGUCACUGGGUCACCAGAAGCAUCCGUUUCUGGGUCCAAAGGGGACCUGAAGAGCUCAAAGGCCAGCUUGGGCUCUCUGGAGGGAGAGGCGGAAGCGGAAACAUCGUCACCCAAAGGCAAAUUCUCCCUAUUCAAAAGCAAGAAGCCAAGAAACCGCUCCAACUCCUUCAGCGACGAGAGGGAGUUCUCAGCGCCUUCCACCCCAACUGGGACUUUGGAGUUUGCAGGUGGAGAAGGUAAAGGCAAACACGGGAAGCUGAAAUUUGGUACCUUUGGUGGCUUGGGAUCAAAGAGCAAAGGUCAUUAUGAGGUUACUGGGAGUGAUGACGAGGCAGGCAAGUUACAGGGGAGUGGAGUGUCCUUGGCCUCAAAGAAGUCCCGACUGUCUUCCUCCUCCAGCAAUGACAGCGGGACUAAACUUGGCAUCCAGCUUCCUGAGGUAGAAAUAUCAGUUUCCACAAAGAAAGAGUAGUGGGCCUUCAUGCAUGUACAUAUAUAAAUACAUAAAACAUCAGCCUUGGGUGUGUUUGUAUAUAAACUCCAAAGGAAACACCCCAGCGGCCUCAGCAAUAAUGCAAAGAUCUUGCCUCUGCCAGUGGCAAGUGCGGACAAACCCAAGUGCCUGUAGGCUCCUGGGACUUUGCAGCUCGGUGACGAGUUCUCAGCUUAUCUGGCCCAUGUGCAAAGUCAACAGUAUUUGCCUUAAGAUUUCAGUUUUUUUUUUUUUUUGGUUUCUUUUUCUUUUUUUUUCCUUUUUUUUUUUUUUUGCAUUGAACGCUGAGAGCUCUUGUUUACUAAGCAAGCUUUUGCGUUUAUCUUCCCUAUUUUUACUGAACCUCGUUAGUACCUGGGUAACGGGAAACCCACUCCUUAUUUUCAUUGUAAUGACUUUGGCGGCUUUUGUGAGUAAGGGAGGGUGAGAUAAAAGGUGGCAGAGGAGGCGAGGUCUUAAUUGCUCUAAAGGUUGGACCUGUACAAACCGUGAAGCCCUGGCAUGGCCCUGACGAGGCGGCAGCCAGUGGGGUGGUUGUUUCUCAAUCUCUAUAGCAUGGCUUCUUAAUCCCCAGGUGUGUUAGUCCCAGCCUAGUUUGGUGCUCAAGGUGAGAGGGGAUUCGAAUCUGUUCGCAAGUUGUCUAACCCAUCAGGUCAAUGUGAGGGGGCUUACAUUCUGGGUUUGGUAAGAAAAGUAUUCACUCAUGACCGAUGUGUCUUGAGAAAAGUUCCGAUUUCUUUAACAAAUGUCAUCGUGAUUAAAGAAAUGUCUGGCACUUUAAUGACAAAUUAAUGGAGAAUGUAUGAAAGUCCAUGCUGUACAAGCCAAAUAAAGCUCUUUAUUAACCCUGA